CAAAAUCAAAUCCUAUUUUCCUGCUUCGAUUACAUUGGUCAUUACCUCUAUAUAUAACACUGUAUCUCCCUCCAAUGUCUAUCGACUGUUUACUGUUUUUCAACUUGUAAACAAGAAAUCAUAUCUAGAGAGAGAUUAAAAUCCUCUUAUCUGCUUCUGAUCGGAGUUCAAAAAAGAGAUAUAGCGGAGUUGAACAAGAAUGGCUAAGGAAAUUUCUAAUGGAGAUCACAAUGCUGCAUCAAAGCCACCACCAACUCCAUCUCCUUUGAGAUUUUCUAAGUUCUUCCAGUCCAAUAUGAGAAUUUUGGUCACUGGAGGAGCUGGAUUUAUUGGCUCUCAUCUGGUUGACAAGUUGAUGGAAAAUGAAAAGAAUGAGGUGAUUGUUGUGGACAACUUCUUUACUGGUUCAAAGGAUAAUAUAAGGAAAUGGAUUGGUCAUCCAAGAUUUGAACUGAUUCGCCAUGAUGUCACCGAGCCAUUGCUCAUUGAGGUUGACCAAAUUUACCACCUUGCUUGCCCUGCUUCUCCAAUCUUCUACAAAUACAAUCCUGUAAAGACUAUAAAGACAAAUGUGAUUGGUACAUUGAACAUGUUGGGGCUUGCCAAGCGUGUUGGUGCAAGGAUUUUGCUGACAUCAACUUCGGAGGUGUAUGGCGAUCCGCUUGAACACCCUCAGACUGAGAGCUACUGGGGAAAUGUCAAUCCAAUUGGAGUCAGAAGUUGCUAUGACGAGGGAAAGCGAGUAGCUGAAACUUUGAUGUUUGAUUAUCAUAGACAACAUGGCAUUGAGAUACGAAUUGCCAGAAUUUUUAACACUUAUGGACCCCGGAUGAACAUUGAUGAUGGGCGAGUUGUUAGCAAUUUCAUAGCCCAAGCAGUGCGUAAUGAGCCUUUGACUGUUCAAGCACCAGGAACACAAACCAGGAGUUUCUGUUAUGUUUCUGACAUGGUUGAUGGUCUUAUUCGGUUGAUGGAAGGGGAAAACACUGGGCCUAUUAAUAUUGGAAAUCCAGGUGAAUUUACAAUGCUUGAACUUGCGGAGACUGUUAAGGAGCUCAUCAAUCCUGAUGUGGAGAUCAUAAGGGUCGAAAAUACACCAGAUGAUCCUCGUCAAAGGAAGCCAGACAUCACAAAAGCAAAGGAGUUGCUAGGAUGGGAACCUAAGGUGAAGUUGCGCGAUGGUCUUCCACUCAUGGAGGAGGAUUUCCGACAAAGGCUUGGGGUCCCAAGAAAGAAGUGAACAAUUGUAUGUCUUCAUUGACAUUCCUUGCACCAGUCAGAUGUUUCCUUUAAUAUAUAAUGAUAAUUACAAUAAAGGGAUUUUGUGCUAUUACAAUUAAAAUAGGUAUUCAUGUAGAGAAGCUGGAAAAUGUGUAUGGAUUAAUCAUGAGAUAGCGUUUUAUAUCAUGGAUUAGUUCUUAGUUCGCUGC